GGAGGAGAAGAGGUGGUGGAGGUUCUGGUGGUAGGUCUGCUUGUGCCUGUGGUCUCGAUCCACCGCAAUAAGGAGUCUAUCCGAGCCCGAGUGUUCUGCCAGAAGUUAUUUUUGUUUGAAUUUGCAGCUGAAGGAGUCGGACUACAGGCAGCAGCGGAUUGGAAAAGCCGGAGAGACAGGCAGGCAGGCAGGAGGAGGGAAAGCGAGUGGAAAUUCACCAGGGCGCAGUUUCUGUUCGGCUGAGCAUCAGGUCCAUGUCAGCGGCUCCGAGCGGCUGUCACUGAGCGGCCGCUGCUGACAAUACAAAUCUGCAGUUGUUUCACUCCACCCCGCCUCCCCAAACCAUCUACCUCUCCCCCAAAAAAGCUGCAAGUGGAACAGAGGGUGACAAUCCUUGGCGGAAGAGGGAAAUAUGGGAUCCAGCUAAUCAUCUUCGGGAAAAUCAGGCAGUUAUCCCAACACUGGGAGGAAACUGGAGUGAGACUGACACCCAACACAACACAAUAUAAGAUCACCUGGCAACCAGGCAGAGAGCGAUCAGGAGAUGUCUGUACCGAAUGUACUGGCAAAAGCCUUAUACGAUAAUGUGGCUGAAUCACCAGAUGAACUCACAUUUCGCAAAGGGGAUAUCAUGACGGUUUUGGAACGUAACACAGGAGGUUUAGAUGGAUGGUGGCUCUGCUCGCUACAUGGGCGACAAGGUAUCGUACCUGGCAACCGCCUAAAGAUCCUAGUGGGAAUGUAUGAGAAAAAACAGUCAAAUUCCAGCCAAAUGCAACAGACCCCACAAUCACCACAGCCUUACCAGCAACAGAAUGUAUACCAAAUGCCAUCCCAGUCUUCACAGUAUACAUCUAUGCACCCUGCUUACCAGGGAGACAAUGUCUAUAUGAUGCCCUCAUCAAACAAAGUACAGCAGAAUUUGUAUCAGGUCCCUCCACUACAGAACCAGUCAAACAAAUACCCAGUUACUCCAACAAAAUUGCAGCAGCAGACAUUGUAUCAGAAGACUACAUCUCAAUGCCAGUUGACCCAGUCCAUGAAUCCAACCCAGGAGAUUUACCAGGUGCCUCCAUCUAUGAACCAAUCCCAGGACAUCUACCAGGUACCAUCGAAGAGUCCACCUCAGGAUAUCUAUCAGGUACCCCCAUCUUUGGGUUCUGGACAAGAUAUCUACCAAAUACCUCCAUCCGCAAAUCCAGCCCAGGACAUCUACCAAGUACCUCCAUCCAUGAAUCCAUCACAAGAUGUCUACCAGGUACCUCCUUCCCUGGAAAAGAGGAACUGGGAAGGAACAAAACCAGUGGGAAAGGUUGUCCUUCCAACUAGAGUUGGGCGAGUCUAUGUUUAUGACACACCUCCACAGAUGGAGCAAGAUGAAUACGACAUCCUACCAUCAAGAAAUCCUCCUCCGGCCGCUUUGCAGGAGAUUUAUGAUGUGCCUCCAACUAGAGGAGGAAUGGAAUCUUCUGGAAAUCAGUAUGGACAAGAGGUAUAUGAUACUCCUCCCAUGGCAGUGAAGGGUCCAAACAACAGAGAUAAAUCCCAGGAAAUUUAUGAUGUACCCCCCAGUGUAGAAAUGAACCUACAGCACCAGGUCCAGACUCAACAAAUAGUUUAUGACAUUCCCCCAUCUGUAAGUAAGGAUGUUCCAGAUGGACCCAUCUCUGAAGAUACGUAUGACAUUCCACCAUCGUUUUCUCACAGGACACCAAAGGGUACAGAUCCCAUGAGAUAUACUAUUCCACCUCAAACCCCUGCAGCACAUGACAGUUAUCCAGUUGAUGAUGUGUAUGAUGUACCUCCACUGACAAUGAAACUAACAGAUACAUCCAACAGCCAGGAAAUCUAUGAUGUUCCUCCAAGCCACAAAAUACCUGGAGGAUAUCAGACAUCUCUGCAGGAUGUGUAUGAUUUCCCACGGGAUCUAGGUGUCCCAGCCUCUGGAGGGAAGGUCAUCUUGAAUGAGGAAUCUGAGGGGGAUUAUAUUUAUGAUGUGCCUCCUCAGGUGUGCAGAGAUGCCACAACAGAAGAAAUUACUAACAACUUCAAGAGACUUUCAGCUUCCAGCACAGGCAGCACAAGGAGCAACAUUUCAACAUCUUCACUUGAUGUCAUUCCCGUUAAAGAAUCUUCUGUCUCGCCCAAACCAAGCAGUAAGGAGCUCAACUUGGACCUAGAAGUAGCAAUGGAGAUAUUGGCAAAACACCAGCAAAAUGUGGAGAGUUCCAUUUCCUAUCUCAUGUCCUUCAUUGUCACCAGCUGGAGAAAUCGUGAGCACAUGGAGGCCAAUGUACAGUACAUCAAGACAGGAGUGGAGAGAGUAAAGAAUUCUGUGAAAGAGCUUUUGGAGUUUGCACGUGGAGCUGUUGCAAAUUCCACACAAGCGACUGACCGCACUUUGUACACAAAGCUGAACAAGCAGGUGCAAAAAAUGGAAGAUGUCUACCAACUUCUCCUCAAACACAGUCAGGCUUUGGACAACUGUAACUGGGCACUAAAUGUUUUAAUCAUGAGCAAGCAAAGCUCAGCCGAUGAUCUGGACCGAUUUGUGAUGUACUCGCGAGGUAUCCCUGAUGAUACCAAACAGCUUGCCUCUUUCCUUCAUGGGAAUGCUUCAUUGCUCUUCAAACGGACAAAGUCACAACAGGGAGAUAACAAGUCUACCGUGUCCCCUGCUGGCUUUGAGAGUGGCAGCCACUCAACGAAUAACAACAACAUAUCAAACUAUCAGACAGGAUUAACAGAUAAGGCCAAUAUCCAGGCAAGGCCUCUACCAUCCCCACCAAGAUAUACAGCUGAAGAGUCACCAGACACUCAGUAUGAAAAUAAUGGCAGUGGAUGGAUGGAGGAUUACGACUAUGUUCACUUACAGGGGAAAGAAGAGUUUGAGAAAACUCAGAAAGAGCUGUUGGAGAAAGAGAAUAUCAUACGGCAAGGCAAAGCUCAACUAGAGCAGCAGCAGGUUAAACAAUUUGAGCGCCUUGAACAAGAAGUAACAAGACCUAUUGAGAAUGACCUCUCAAACUGGACCCCAACGCACCAAUAUGGGCAAGUUAAGAGCAAGCUGAGCCCCUCGGACAAGCAGCUCCUUUUGUUUUACUCAGAACAGUGUGAGCUGAAUAUUACCACAUUAAUCAAUGCCAUCGAUGCCUUCUUCACAUCUAUUCACACCAACCAACCUCCUAAAAUCUUUGUGGCUCACAGCAAGUUUGUCAUUCUCAGUGCGCACAAGUUGGUGUUCAUCGGGGACACACUCUCCCGCCAGGCUAAGUCGCAAGAGGUUCGCAAUAAAGUCACACACUACAGUAACCUCCUUUGUGAGAUGCUUAAACAUAUCGUCAUCACAACCAAGACAGCAGCCCUGCAAUACCCAUCUGGCUCUGCCGCCAAAGAGAUGAUGGACAGAGUCACUGAACUGUCCCACUGUACGCAUCAGUUCAAGAUAGUGCUAGGACAGUUAGCAGCAAUGUAAGGAUGCAGAUAAAACUGCAUCUUAAGACUGAAAGAAUUGACAGCUGUAAAUGGAUUAUUGUAAAUAUUGUCCUGGAGAUACUCAUACAGGGAAAAGUGCUUUUUCUUUUGGUGAGAUUGUGCCAUUUCUUAUUAAUCAGAAAGGUAUUUAAAUUCUAAACAAUGUAGUAGCUCCUUUUUUUCUCUUUUAGAAGUUCUUUUCAAUGUUGUGUUCUAUCAUAUGAAAUGGAAAUAAUUAUUUUCAUUGUUGAUUUUAAAUCAUGGACAUGUGGGUUCUAUUUUAAAAAUUCAUUAAAAGUGAGUGGAGGAUUAUUGGAACAUUAAAAAUAGAUGGAAAGCAAUUUUCUACUGUGACAAUUAACUAAGUCACUUUUUCAUUGUCAUGAGGCUGUUUUAAUUGAUGAAAUGUCUCUGCUGAUUUAAGAGUUCUAAUUCUGUUUAACACAUCAUUAAUGUCCUCUCGAUGGACGGUCAUAGAAGAUGAGGAGCUAACAGGUACAGCAGAUGGUGAGCUUAUCCCUUCAAAUUUCAUUAUAUGUUUAAACAAAAUAAAUGAUAUUAAUGUUUUCGGGACGGUUUGAACCAUACCUCACUUGGGCACUAUGCUUUCCAUUGCAUUUCAAUAUUAUCCAUUUUUGCCAGCCCACUGCAGAAAAUGCAAAUGAAUUGGUGCCUUGACAUUAUUAAAAGCUUCUGCUGGUGAACAGAGCUAAAGUCAUUUGCAGCUUCUUUUCACAAUGGAUCUCAUGGUGUGGGGAAGCAAAAAGAAAACUGACUCAAUAGUGAUAUUUUAGUGACCUAUUUAAGUUUGUGUUUUUUUAUAUACGAAGGUGUAUAAAAAACUUGCGUUUAACAUUUGCUAUAAUUAUAUUUGCAAAAAUAAUAUGUUGAACAGACCAAGUCGGGUUUCAGCUGAAACAAUGACUGGAAAAGUGUGAGAACUUCAUUUGAACCUUUUAACCAAAGACUGCCUAAGGGCAUCAGUCUCGACCAGUGUUGUUGGAGCUGUGAUAUUACAUCAACUCGCUUCAGAGCUGACGGCCUUUGAUCAGUCAAUGACUGGAGUCCAUAAUCUUUUACAUCCAACAGUUAGUAUCCCCUUUACAUUGCAGAAGAAUUGCUGACAAUUGCAGCCGUUUGGGUCCAACCUUCUUAAAUGAGGUUUGUUGGAUCAUCCAUUAAGCUUUACUUAACCAAUCUGCAUGUGGCAAGACCUUGCACACUCCAGAUUUUUUUUUAUAUAUAGAAAAUUUUAUGUAUGUUUGAAAUUUAAAUGGCUGAUAUUUGACUUGAUUGGAGGGCUAUAACCCUAUAAGAAAUGUAUCUUUGUAUAUGUCUGCACAUUAUAUGAAUAUAAGCAACUGUGUUUGACAAAUUCUGGUCAAAGACUCUUAAUCUCGCUUUUGUGAAAAUUAGAAUUCUGUAGCCAGUUUCUUCUCAACGGAUGGUCAGGCGCUGUGACUAUGCGUGUUGUGUACUGACCUGUAAAAGAUUGCGUGGACUGAAGAGAACAAUUUGACACAGCGCCGCUUGAGUAAGUUAAUCAGUUAGAAAUUAGCGCCCAUAAGUGUAUAUGUUAAAAGUAAUCCAAAUUAUGGGUUAAAGAAUUGCAAUGUAAAAGGGGUGAAAGUGAUCCUGACAUUAAUAUUCAUAAUUGGAGCUUUUACAGUCAUGCUAGAAAUCCCCUGAUAGCCUAAAAACUAUUUUGUAUUUUAUCCUUUUAUUUUGUUUCUGGUCUUAACAUUAUGGUGAAAGACUACUGUAAAUGUGAUGUAUUCUUUACAAUGCAUACUGGUUCAUAUCUAUAAAAAUUUUUAUUUCUCUUGCACGGUGGUUGGUUUAGGGUGGCUGUUGACUUUUGUAUUAUAUUCAACUGGAUUUAUUUUUAAUUAUUAAACAGGCUUAAGAACCAUUAAAA